UCCUGUUGUUACGGCCGGCGGCAUUCGGCGACGGAAACCGGAAGUCAGUCGGUGUUUAUGCACGGUGACACUCAUGAAGAGCAACUUGAAGGAGACGUUCAACCAUGAAGUGCACACGCUGCCUGCUCCGGCUGCUUGGCCAGUCCGCCUACGCCGCAGCCCGGCCCACUCGCCCCAGUUCACUACGCAGUCCACAGCAUGAUCAGGCCGUGAGGUGUUUCCGCGGUAACAAAGGUAGCCCUGUGACCGCCGAGUUCAUCGGCGAGGACCGCACCAAGAUGCCCGUGGCCACGCGCGACCCCUUCACCGCGGAGCACAAAACCAAGGCCUCCUUCGUCGAGGCGCUGCAGGCGUUCGCCAAGGCCGACGUGAGGCGGCGGGGUCACGUGGAGUUCAUCUAUGCGGCGCUCAAGAAGAUGCCCGAGUUCGGCGUGGAGCGUGACCUGGCCGUCUACAACCAGCUGCUGGACGUCUUCCCCAAGGAGGUGUUCGUGCCCAGGAACUUCAUCCAGCGCAUGUUCAAUCAUUACCCCCGGCAGCAGGAGUGCGCCGUGCAGCUACUGGAACAAAUGGAGAAUUACGGUGUCAUGCCCAACGUGGAAACCAAGGUCCUGCUGGUGCAGAUUUUUGGCGCGAAGGGCCACCCAAUGAGGAAGUACCAGCGCAUCAUGUACUGGUUCCCAAAAUUCAAACACGCCAACCCCUUCCCCAUCCCGCAUCAGCUGCCCGAAGACCCGGUGGACCUGGCUCGCUUCAGCCUGAAGCGCAUAGCCAACGACCUGGAUGCCAAAGUCACCAUUUACCAGAUGCCCUGCACAGAUGCGACAGAGAGCGGCCACCAGAUCAGCCUCCCCCACAUCGUCGGCAUCCAAAGCCCCGACCAGAUGGAGCUCCUCGGGAAGCACGACCCGAGCAGGCCUGUUUUCGUGGAGGGACCUUUCCCCCUCUGGCUGAGGAAGACGUGCGUCCACUACUACGUUCUCCGAGCCGAACCCGUGCCGCCUGGCGACAAGGUGGAGGAGUCCUUUGACCCAGAGCGAUGUUUCUACUACCCUCUGCAACUCGACCUCGACUUUGAUCGGGACUUUGGGGACUUGGAGACCUUUGAUGUAGAAGAUUUGGAUGAAGGUCCGGUUUUUGCCAUGUGCAUGACCAGCCAAGGGGACCAGGCCACCCUCAACCAGUGGAUCAGCGGUCUCCAGGAGAGCAACCCCAUCCUGGGUCAGAUCCCCACCGUGUUCCGCUUGCAAGCCGGCACAAGGGAGCUGCGAGCGGAAACCUCAAGAGAGGAGUCCCCGAGGGAGGAGUCGGCGGCGCCCGAGGGACCCGAGGUCACGGAGGAGGCGAGGAGGCACAGCAACUGACCGUAGGACGUAUCUACCCUUCCGUUUUCGAAAAUGCUUGUCCUCACAAGACGUCGCGGGUAAGCUGGCGCCAUCCUGGACCGGAAUCGCAGGUUAAGAGUCUUCGAUGAAUCCAACGUGCGUGUUUUGGGGAGGGGACAAAGCCGAGACUUGAACCCUGGACAUCACACGUCCGGCCUCAAUAAGGAAGAACUCACGUGUGACAAAAGAAGACCAAAUUAUUCCAAAGGUUAAAAAAAAAA